UAGAAUCAUGUUCGGAAUCAAUUGGGGAUCUACCAUGCUUGGAGACUUUAGAUUUGAAGUAUACUAAUAUAACCACUUUGCCGGGUUCCAUUUGGAAGGCAAAGAACCUUCGACAUCUCUUUAUGAACGAGGUGUCAAUUGCGAAGCCAUCAUCAAAAGAGUCUUCACCAACAAACCUUCAGACCUUAAUGGGGCUCCUGCUUGGUGCUAAGGACCCUUAUGAAUACGGCUUAGACUGGUUCACCAGCCUUCGGAAAUUGGGAGUAUCAUGCCAUCCAAAAUCAGCAGAGGAAACAGCCAAGUGCAUAUCAGGACUUGACAAACUCCAAACCUUGAGAUUGAGAUCAAAAGAUCGAUUUGGUCAACCUUUAGACCUCGAGUUGAGUCCUUUGAAGGACCAUCAGUCUCUUUCGAACUUAUAUUUGUUUGGAGUGAUAAAGGAUGGGAUUAAAUACCUUCCCCUGAAUCUCAAAGUCCUAACAUUGUCAAUGUCAAAACUCACAGAAGAUCCAAUGCCGGUGAUAGGGAAGCUGCUGCCUCAACUGAACGUCCUCAAGAUUCUUGCUUUCUCUUAUCUAGGGUCGGAAAUGAGAUGUGUUUCAGGGAACUUCCCUAAACUCCGCGUCUUGAAAUUGUGGAUGCUAGAAAACCUAGUUCAGUGGACAUUGGAGGGAGGUGCCAUGCCCCAACUUGUGGAGUUAGAAAUUAGAGGCUGCAAAAAAUUGACAAAGUUGGAAGGAUUAGAGCAGCUGCCUGCCCUGAAGGAAUUACUUCUAACAAACAUGUCGCCGGAUUUUGUUGUAGAUGUUAAAAAAAGGUUGGGAAGAGACAUAUUACUCACCAAUGAGUGGGAGCCUUCGUCCCUCACAUGAUUAAUGCUCGUGGAUGCUGGAGACUGGAAUAAAAUGCAGUUUUAAUUUGGAGUCAAGACUGUCAAAGACUUCAAAGAGUUGAUGUGCUGCAAAAAAAAAAAUGCAGCUUGUUGUGUCUCUGUUGUUCACAACACCGUUCUUUUUAUGUAAAAUACAUUGCAACUCUAUUUUUAACAUGUG